AUGGAGAGCGGCGGGGGAGCAGGGAUGAGGAUGGGAUGGGGACAGGCAGCAGGAAAGGGGAGCCGGGAUGAGAAUGGGGUUGGAAUAUGGCGAGAAAGCUUAGCUGAGCGUCCUUGGGCCCGGGGCAGGAUUUGGCAAUGGUCCCGGAGCUCUUCCCGGAAUGCGAAAUGCUUCUGACAAGAACCCAGCUGCUUCAUCAGCGCUGCCAGUACUGCCAGCAUUCCAGUGCCACCAGCAUCCCUCUGCUGCUGGAGGGACCGUGACCCCUCAGGGAGGAGAAAGGAGGAAUGGCAGAAGCUGUCGAGGGAGGGAAGGCAGUUGGAGAAUGGGACAUUCUGCAGGGAAGUGGAAUGUUUCUAAUCGGCAGGAAAUGAUGAGCCAAUCUCAAAAUUCUGUUUGUGAAGUGUUUGGCAAAAGCCACUUCCUUAGUAGACAAAACCCCAAAAAAAAUCAUGACAAAUGACUCUGUACAAGUGGAGCUCUGACGUAGCCAAAGAUGCAAUUUCCGACUCCCCUGUGACUCAACCUAGCCUUGGGGAGCAACACCGGGACAGGGCACAGAGAGAGCCAGCAGAACGGGAAUGGGGAGCUCCUGGUGAUCUGGGCACUUUCUCCUUCAUGUUACUGACCUGGGAGGAGCCACUUUAGGAUAUGGAUCCCAAAGGAGCAAGAGGUACCAGGAAGCGCUGCUGAUCUGGAUAGACCCCCUUUGCUUGCUGCUGCCCCACAGUGAACAGCCUCCCAGCAUGAGAAUCCCUCACCUCCGACUUCAUCCUGCAUCAGGCCUGGGUGAGAAUUUGGAAUCUGUUGUCUGAUGUGAAUCACUUUGGAUUCACUCCAGCUGGUCUGGGAGCUUCAGAGCCCUCCUGGACUGCCUGGUACCCACUGAGAGAGCCUGGAGAGGCUGGUGGCAGAUGAAGGGACAGCAGGGGACAGCACACAUGAUCCCACAUCCCUCCCUGCAACCUUACACCAGAAGCACCCGUUCCCCCUCAGCAAAGUUUUGGGGUGGCAGAAGAGGGCACAUACUGGAGGGGAGAGGGUCUUGGGGACAUCCAAACAGGGUGAUGGGGGACAUCAUUGCUGGGAUGGCAUGUCCCCAAGCAAAGCAGGGUGUCAUAGCCUGUGUUGGAAUCACUAGAAGACAGGAGGCUGGUGGCUGCUCCCUCACCCAGGUGUUGCUGAGCUGGGCGCUGGGGACAGAGACUCAUGGCAGGGCAGGGCUCAGCAUGGCACAGCACGGGUGUGACAGCAAGGGUGGCAGCGGGGCCAGGGCAGUGAGUCACUCCCCCCCCGCCGUGCCUCCCUCCACCCCUGGACUUUGCCUCCCGCGGAUGCUCAGGGCAAUAAAUCCCAGGCUCGGAGGCGGAAGUGGGGCGUCGGGGAGGGCACAGGGGUUCCAUCCCAGGGGUGUGGGGGCUGAGCUGUGCAGGGGGAUCUGCACGGAGAGUGCAUGAGCGGGAUUGGGAUGGGGAGUGGGAUGGGAAUAGGAGUGUGUCAGAGGCAGCGGGCAGGAGUGCGAGGGAGCAUGACACAGGCAGGCAGGACAUGCAGGUGGCAGUGUGGCGCUUGUGCAAUGCGAGGACCUGCCGGGAGAAGGUCACCUGUGUCCCAGGACACCUGUACGUGUGUCCCGGCCGCUGUCACCACCGCGGCCCCAGCCCCGCGGCGGGCGGGCCCGGCGAGCGGGUGACAGCCGCACCCUGGACCGGGCGGGUGCUUCUCGCCUCCCUGUCCCCAUCCCUGUCUCCGCCGAGGCCACACGGGCUCCGUGGCCUCACCGGACACCCCCAUGCAGCGGGAGCGCGAGGGGCAGAGCCCAGGAGCCCCCGAAACCGAGGUCAAGGCUGUCAUCGUGGGGGAUGGUGGCUGCGGGAAGACGUCGCUGCUGGUCGCCUUCGCCAGGGGAGACUUUCCUAAGGUCUACGUCCCCACCGUGUUCGAGAAGUACACAGCGUCCCUCCAGGUUUCUGGCAAGCCCGUGAAGAUCCACCUGUGGGACACAGCAGGACAGGAAGACUACGACAGGCUUCGCCCUCUGUCCUACUCAGAUGCCAACGUUGUCCUCAUGUGCUUUGAUGUCACCGACUCCAACAGCUUUGACAACAUCCUAACAAAGUGGUAUCCAGAGGUAAACCAUUUCUGCAAGGGGGUCCCAGUGCUGCUGGUGGGCUGCAAGACAGACCUGCGGCAGGACCAGGAGGUGCUGCAGAAGCUGAAGGACAGACGGAUGGAGCCCAUCUCCCGGCACCAGGGAGAGGCCAUGGCCCGGCAGGUCCGUGCCGUGUCCUACAUGGAAUGUUCAGCUAGGUACCAGGAUAACGUCGGGAACAUCUUUGUGACAGCCUGCAGUGCCGCCAUCAGUGCCACCCGCCGGCGGCAGCGCAAAACGAGACCCAGGAGGGUCUGCGUGUUCCUCUGAGCCCCCCGGCUUGGCACAGCCCCCCCAGGAUCUCCUGCUGUCCCCAAGCUCCAACUGCACCGUGGCUGCUGCCACACCUCUGCCUCUGCCACCAGAAUGCCACUGCCACCCUCCUGACCCUGGGCUGGCACCGCUGGUCACCAUGGGGUGACGGCAGGAAAGCAUCCCUGGCAUGAACUGUCACACCUUGAUCCUAGAGUCCUGCCCUUUCCCAUCAGGGAUCCCAGCAUGUCCCUGUCCCACCAGAGAGCACCAUGUCCUGUCCCACCAAGAAUCCCAGCAUCCUGUCCCACCAUGGAUGGCCCUGCCAGCAGGGCUCUGGGAGCAGAGGACUGAUCUGGGGGUUCCCCUUCCCGCUGGCAGGCCAGCGCCGGAGGGUGACUGUGGGGUGAUCUUCUGCCAUUAAAGUGACACAAAACUCAGCAGUGUGACACAGUCCCUGGGGCAGGAGCAGCCCCUGCAUGCACCUGGGGGCAUUGGGACAUUGGAUCGGGAACAUGAGGUGGUUAUUGGGGACAUGGGGUCCUGUCAGGGACCCAGGGUGGAUGAGAUCAACUGCUGAUUUUGUGUUGAGGUGUGUGUGAGCAUGUGUCCAUGUGUGUGCUACACAUACAGGUCUGUAGGCGUACCCUUUAUAUGUGUAGUUAUAUAUAUGUGUGUAUAUGUACACCCUAUAUGUGCGGUUAUAUACAUGUGGUUUUUUAUACAUACUAAUAUAUAACAUAUAUGUAACUAUAUAGUUAAUUUAUAACC